AUGCAGUUUCGUCGUUGUUCUGUUGUUCGCUUCUUAAGAACUUGUAGGAGCAAAGUCACGAUCUUCAUCCAAGGGUUCUCGCUUUACUUACUUAUUUAUUUACUUUUUAGUAUGGCUGGUCUUUGGAAAUCCUACCAAAAGCUUCUGGAAAUUCAUCCAUGGAAGACUCAGAUCGCUACGACUGCUACAUUAAUGAGCCUUGGAGAUUUUAUAUCCCAAACUUUUGUUGAACGCAAAGGAAAAAAUUACAGUAUAAUCAGAACUGCUCGUUUUGGUUUCUUUGGGACAGUUUAUGUGGGUCCUACUUUACGAACAUGGUAUUUGAUAAUGGAAAGACUGUUUGGUGUUGGGAAAAAGACAGCUUUUUUUAAAUUAGUUGCAGAUCAGAUGUGUUUUGCCCCAGUUUUUCUUGCUACUUUUAUUUGUGGAAUGGAGUUACUGAAAGGAAAUACAUGGAAUUAUAGUAAAAAUAAAGUUGUUGAGAAUUUCAAACCGGUUUUAAUGUCAAAUUACCAACUCUGGCCUGCUGUACAGCUAUGCAACUUCUAUUUCAUACCAUUUCAAUAUAGGAUCCUGGUCGUGAACACUACAGCUGUUGGAUGGAAUACCUAUUUGGCAUACAAGACGAAAGACACUGUUGAAUGUAAUAAAUAAAGCUAAUACAGAAAAAUA